AUGGAGGAACAUGAAGAUAUUCAAUACUGUUUUCAGGACAGAAACUCUUCUUGCAGAAAGGCUUUGCUAUCGACAUCUAUCUACAUAACAAUGUACAUCUUCUUCUCAUUGAUUUCAGCAGUUACAGUAUUUUUGAACCUACUGGUGAUCAUCUCCAUCUCUCACUUCAAGCAGCUCCACACUCCAACCAACCUGCUCAUCCUCUCUCUGGCUGUGUCAGAUCUCCUGGUGGGACUGAUUGUGAUACCAGUAACGACUGUAGCAAUAAUGGAACCAUGCUGGGGAUUUGGGGAACAUUUCUGUGUGUUUCAAUUCUACAUCACUUAUUUAUGUACUUUUUUAUCUCUGGGCAAUUUGGUCUUGAUAUCUAUUGACCGCUAUGUUGCUGUGUGUGAUCCCUUAUUGUACCACUCUAAAAUAACAACAACAAGAAUUACAUGUUGUAUAUCCAUUACCUGGUGUUGUUGUAUCAUAUACCGUGCUGCUAUUAUCAAAAACUUUGUAAAUGUACAGGUACCGAGUAGGUGUUUAAAGGAAUGUGUUAUUUUAGAACGUUUAAAUUGGGUUACGUUUAUUGACAUUGUAAUUACAAUGGUUGUCCCGUGCUCUGUUAUUAUAACACUUUAUAUUAAAAUCUUUGUGGUGGCCAGAUCACAGGCCAGAAAGGUAUUUUCAAAAGAGGCUGUCAGUGUGUCUGGUGUGAAAACUGUACAGGCAAAUAAGUCUGAGAGAAAAGCAACAAAGACUCUGUCUAUUGUUGUUUUAAACUAUUUCAUUUGUUGGAUUCCAUUUCUAUUUGUUUUCUUUCUUUCUUUUUUAAUUGAAGAUUUUUUUUUGUUUAUCAUCAGCUUUUUGCCACUUGUUAACUCCUUAAUUAAUCCAAUCAUUUAUGCCUUAUUUUAUCCAUGGUUCAAAAUUACAUUUAAACAUUUUAACAUUUUAACUCUGAAGUUAAGAUUUUCAUAG